UUUUCAGGUUACAACUUCAGAAAGUGUGUGAUAAAAAUCAUGACCUCCGUAGCGUCAUGGUAUAUGUUCAUUUUUGUAGUGUGCAUUAUCUACAAUUCCGCACAAUGUAAGUUGAAGCAGCCACCAAAUCUGUUCUAUAAGAGGAAAACAUGAAAGAGGCAAUAAGCUUAUUUUUUUUUUAUUUAAAAAAAAGAAAGAAAAAUUGGGCGAAUUGUUAGUUAAAUUAAAUUAAUUAUUAACUUUAUGCAUAGAAAAGUAGUACAUCUGCUUUUAAUUGUGAGAUUCAGUUAAUUAAUUUUCAGUAUAUUUGCGUUUUUUUUUUUUUUUUGUAAUCCUGAGUGUUUAUUAUGCAUAUUUUAUAAUGCAAACUUUUUUCCAGUGAAUUACAAAUACAUUUAUUAUAACAUGUAAUGUCUUUGAACCAAUUGUCCAUAACAGCAUGUGUUACAACAUUCUCCACAAACUACUGGUUUGGUACCAACUGCCAGUACAAAUGUCACUGUAAGAACAAUGUAGCUUGUUAUGUUACCAAUGGUGACUGUCCAGGGGGAUGUGAUAUUGGAUGGUUUGGUCCAGCAUGUCAGUACGGUAGGUCAAUAAGCACUUAGCUGAAAACAUUUAAACUUUCUAUUUGGGACCUAUUCCCACCUCAACCAUGUCUCAAGCCUUAAACUCCCCCUCCCCUAACCAACUCUUUAAACCUACACACUUUUAUUCUUAUUUAAUAUCAUAACAAUUACCGCUGCUAUUACACUUUAGUCUGACCUUAUUAACUUACGCCUUAUUCCCAGUGUCAUCAUACAGCAAUCGAUAUGUCCCAACAUUUUUCCCUAAACCUAUCCACUUCCUUUACCCAUUAAUAUGGAUCAUUAUUUUUAUUUGCACUUGUAAGUUAUAAAAUAUUAAGUUUAAAAUCACGUAAAAAAAUAAGAAAGGGUCAAUAAAACAAGACAUUAUUCAAGCCAUUUUUAUCAGCUAUUAGGGUUAUCCUUGUAAACAAGUGUACAUGUGCAGGUUGACAGCACUUUUGAUUCUUUUCUAUUGGGAUGGUGCGAUUGUAUGGUAUCAUCAUUGUCGUUUCUGUCGUACCAGGAACUUCUGACUUCUGAAAAUCUUUUAAAGGUAUCCAAACAUUUGGACACAUGUUAUUUUUAAAUGCUUAUAUUCACUUACCUUUUGUUCACGUGUUUAUUUCUGUCUGGGGAUGUGGCAAAAUUUUCGCAGUGCUAAUUGACCCACUUUUUUCAACAUAUCAAGUUGAAACUUACCACAUUGUUUGUUUGUCGAUGACAACAUAUAAUUUCAAAUUUUCAGAUGACAACGCAAAAUGAGAAGUUUAACAAUUUUUGUUUUGAAUUAUGGAAAUAGUUGUGUAAUAAAUCUACAAUAAAAGGGAGAGUCGUCCAUUAGAAUAUUGAAAUAGUUCAGAGCCGUGAAAACAAUACGCUGUUGCAAGUUUUUGAUGAAUUUUUUGUUUAAAUUCUAAAGCCAAAUAAUUGUAUUACCUAUGUGACUGAAUGCUUUCUUAAGAACUUUAGCCAUCGAUCAGUCUCACAAAAUGAUAUAAAAGAUGUAUUACAAAAACUGGGUUUUAUGGAUUGUUUAAUUUUAGUUUUCUUUAAAAAAUAUGUUUCCGAGAUAGUGUAGUCUGGAAGAACCGUUUAAUAGGUCAUGAGAAAUACGUGUAUUUAGAGAUCUAAGUGUUCCAAGAGAGUAUUAGGGAUGUGACAUGGUUUCAUGAGAUGGCGCCUGUUGUUUGUGCUCCGUCAGGAAUUUUACGAAUUGUCCUUGAACUCACCACAACAUCUGAUAAUUUAUAUUGUUUAAUUUACUUCAAUGUUCACUUGUCUUUUGUUAGGUAAAGAAGACUUUCUUCCUCCACUUCAUUUGUUUUGUUUUAUCCUAUUUCAGGGUUUUGUACACUCUCAAUGUGAUGCUUCAUUCCUCUCAAAUAAACUGAUGGUCUUCCCCCCUCACCCCAACCAUUAAUGCAGUAAAAUAUUGAGGCAUGGACGCAAUGGUCAGUUGCCAAAAGCCUCAUGAUUUUAUUUGCCCCACACUUCAAACGGAAUCAUUAUGACUAUAUUGUGGAAAAUAUUCAAAUAUAAUUUCGCUAUUUUAUUUAGUUUUCUUUAAAAGUGUAUAAAAGCACUUUAACUAAAUAUUUGUAGACUAGAUUGUAUAUUUUCAUGUGUUUGUUACCAGAUUUAGAGAAAAAAUAAAACCUUUUUAAACCAUGAACAUGUUAAAAUUAAUGCAUUUGGAAAAAAAAAAAAGUUCGAUUACAUUAAACAGUUUUCAAAACAUGACAUAAGGUGAUUACGUUGUAAUUUAUUUUAAAGAAGUUUAGAUGGUUGGAACUGCAAAUAAACAUUUAAAUUUAUUGACUUUGGGGUAAUGUAUGCUGCCUCAGUUUCCUUCAAAUAAAUAAUACAUUAAUAAUCGUAUGUCAAGUUAGAAAAAAUACGUUAGAAAAGACAUCUUGCCAUUAUUACUGAUACAUAUAAUACAUUUCAGCUGAUAUAGCCACGACUGGAACCAUUACAGUUGCCAACGACGCAUCCCAAAACACGACACAAAUAACAGAUGGAGACGACACAACGUGUGCAUCAAUUACGGGUUCUAAUGCAUCGCUUGAUGUCAACUGGAAUUCUGACUUCUACUUCACAUGGUUGAGGAUUAUUGUGAGGAAUAUAGGUAAUUAAAUUAUAUUUCACUUUUAACAUCAGUGUUGUCUUAAAUUGAACUCUAUGCUGCUCAUGGGUGUUACAGCAUAUUUUUGGGGCCACAAAGGAAAGACAAACUUUGGUGAGCAUCGGAUAUUCUUUUCAGGGAAAAUGAAAAAUUUAUGAAAAAAAUAUUCCUCCUAGUGAGAUCUAUACAUGAUCUAUUGUCGAUGAGGCCGCUAUAGACGUCAAUAAAGUUUUUAGUAAAAGCCUUAUGGCUCCAUUGUUAAGUGGCUGUUAGCUGUUGAUAUUUAUGUGCUUUAUCUUUUUUUAUUCCGAUUUCAUUAUUUCAAACGCUUGUUAAUAUUAGACAAUGUUUCAAAUAAUUCAAUUAGCUAUAAUGCAUAAAGAAUUUCAAUUGUUAUUGAAUAUAAUCUGUCUGUAUCUUAUUGUCAUUUAUUGUGACAAUAUUUUAUCUUUUUAUAUGAUUCACCGAUUGAAGAACCAAAUGUUACUCCCAAAAUGUCACAAUUAAUUUAAAAUAUUUCAAGGAAAAAAAAUAGAACAUGUAUUUUAUGGAAUGAGGGUCAUAACCUCAUUUAUAAGAGCACUGAAAGGUUUCUUCAGUAAUUGAAGACGUGGAGUAUUCAUCAGUAGUAUAUUUUUACAUAAAAUUACGGAAUUAAAAAUAUUUAAAACAAUCUAAUAUUGAUAAGCAAUUUUGUUUCCAAAACUGAAUGGAUAUCCAUUACGGGAGAAUGUCUUUGAAGUUGAUAACAAAACAGAAAUAUCUAAUAAAAGUGUUCAAGCUAGAUUCCAAUCAACCAAACGAGUAUUUAGAUAUCUAAUACGAUUCCAAAUAAGUUUCUUUUACUUUUAGAAAAAAACUAUAAAAAAAAAAAAAUUGGAUUUAGACUUCUACUUCGUGAGAAAUCUGGCUUUAGUUAAGUUACUAAUUUACAUUUUUUUAAAAAAACGAAAAGAAAAUAAACACACAAACAAAACUCGUAGCCAUCUCAUAUUAAAAACAGAUGUUAUCUUCAAAAAUCACUUCCAUGUGACCAGAGGCGUAGCGAGGGUGUUUGGAGCCCGUGGACAAGAUCAAUUUUAAAGCACACCCAUUUCUUUUUUUCAACUCUCAAACCCAUUAUUUUAACUAUUAAUAUAAUAUCAAAGCACAUUUUGGCGCCCCUAACUAGCUGACGACCGGGAACAUCUGUCCCCCCUGCCCCCCUCGCUACGCCUUUGCAUGUGACCAUGCAUUGAAACACGUUGUUUGUUAGCGUCAUUCACCCGGAUAAAAAAAAAUUAGUUGCAUUAAUAUAUGAUUAAAAUCAAAUAAUGUUUUCUUGAAUUGUUACAAGGAUUUUUUAUAACAUAUUUUAUUGAAUAAAAUAAUGAAAAUUAUUUAGAAAACGCUCUUUCAAUGACAUGUUGUACUACAUAAUUAACUUAAUUAGGCGUUGAGGAUUUCUUACAUAUAAAACUAGAAGCUCUCAUAUUUUAAAAAAAAAAGUGAAAAAAGGGGGGUGGGGUUAGGGGGAAAUUAUAGGUUGACAUUGGAAGAAAACUUGAAAUUAAAUAACCUGCGAUUUUUUAAAGAAUUGUUACUUAAAUUAUAUAGGUUUUUUUGCCAGCAAUAUAAGAACAGACAUUUUAUUGACAUUAAACAUUUUAAAAGUUUAAAAAAAUUGGUAUAUUGGACAAUAAAUAAUUAAUCUAUAACUAAGUUUUAUUUAUCAUUUACCUUUCAUUGUUACAUGAGUUCAAAUGUACAUCUUUUUAUGACAUGGAAUGGAAAAUUUAACUGAUAUAAUAACACAUAUUUUUUCCUUAAAUUUUUAGUAUUACAAAAAGAAAGCCUUUCAAUAAAGUUUCCAGAUGGCGUCACAUCAGAAUGUUCCAACAUUUUUGUUGACAACAUUACAAUGGACAUUUAUUGCAACGUAACAAAACCAAUAAAGAAACUACUUUUGAAUGGAGCAGCAUUGGGCACAUUGUGUUCACUUUAUAUCAGUCAGGGUAAGAUUUACACAAUGCAUUUAUUAUAACAAAAUCAAAUUUCUAAACAAAUAAUACAUAAAAUGAGCUUCAACAUUUACAUUUGAUAUCUAUUUAAUCCUAAAAUAACAAUGUAUUCACAUGACAUUAAAACAUUUAGUAACGUGUUAGUUUGUUUUCGUCCAUUUAAAUCGACCAGACAUUUCAAGCAUCGGAUUCUUGCUCGUUCUGGUUCUGUCUUUGGUUGCGUACAUUGCUGAUUAGACCGAUGACAUUUCUUGCUUGUCUUUUGUGUACUGCAUUAGCUGUUCACGUUGUAUGGAAUCUUUUUGUUAGGAUAAACACCGCGAUUCGAAAUCAUUUGCUGACCCUUCGCAAGUGUAACGUUGAUAACGAACGCUUUUAGUGAAGCUUUCUGAUUGUAUUUUUUUAAAGUUUGUCUUCUUUCUACCAGCAAACCACAAUCUAUAUUCCAGCUCGAGAUAAAAUAUUAUUUUAAACCGGCGGUUCUCUGACAUUCUUACAACACAUUCUAAUUAGUGAAGCUGGAUUUACAUUUAAUGGUAGAGUCUAAAGUGUAGCCCUGCGUGCGCCAAUUAAUAAAUUUUGAGGGCUUUUCUUAGGAUUAGUGUCAAAUAUUAGCUUGGGGAAAAAAGUAGACAUGUAGAAUUUAAUUAUUUUUUUUUGCUGUUACCUUUCAUAGUCUUAUACAUAUAUAUAUUGCCAUAUGUUGGAAGGAUCUUGUGAUACGAAGCUCAACCUCAUAAACGAUAGUUACGCUUCUGGACAGUGGGCCACCAAUUGUGAAUAUGUGUACCACUUUAAGCUUGUUACCAUGUUGUACAUGUAGUUUGAAUAAAAACCUAAAAUUUUAAGGUGACGUGCAUGGUGUAGGACCUCAGUAUGUUUCUUUUUAAUGAUGUUUCCAAAUAUUUUGAAGCUUUGGCGUAAUUAUUAGCUCUAAGUGAUUUGAAUAACUGUUUCGGUUUCAGCGUGAAUUAGACACUGUUGGCAUUUAGAAUAUUAUUUAAAUGUCUAUCAAUACCUUCAAUAUGGAAUUAAGCCUCCUUAUGUUAAAUAGAUUAACAACAGUCCAGUACCUAAUACCGAUCCCAAAGUCUCCAUCUCAGCAUUGUGGAAAAGAAGAGUCUGAAAAGCGUUGGUUCCUGAAGACAAUCUUGUUUGAGGACAUUAGUCACCUGUAAUUUUAGACAUCUCUCUAUUUUAAAUGACAUUAGUCUCAAGACCAUCAUGGAAUUAACAUAUAAAUGGGCACUAAUACUUGCACUGUUUAAUUGAUAUAAAGCGACAGUGCCAUCUUAAGGUAUGUGCGCUCUAGGCACUGGUCCAGGGCCUAACGCUUCAAGGGAGUCUUUUCGAAGCAUCAUGCGGCACAUGUAAUUGAAUAUGAAUAUAUGAACACAUACAUAUUGAUCAAUUUUCGCAAUUAAAUUUGAUUUAAAGUUGCUGGACCUACCUCCACAUAAAUAUCAAUGAAACAGCUUGAACAGCGGAGUUCUGGAUUAGCAUUUGGCCAGCGUAUAGUUAGAAUCAUCUUAGCCUAUACUCCGCGUGAACAGACACAUCCUUGGUGUUUUGGUCUAGUAUUACUAAUUGUGUUUGAUUUGGUGUCUCAGAGGUGUGUCAAAUCACCGCAGCAAGUCUUCGAGAAGCAAGUCAUAGGUAUGCUGGCCGAUCAGUAACGUAGAUCCUGACUGGUAGGAUCGAGCGACCAGGUUUAAAGUUAAGAUGCAAAAGUUUUUUUGAAUUCAAAGUUUAAACCUCUAAAUUGCGCCAUUGUUCAAAGACACAAUAAGACUCUGUAUAUUGCCUUUUUAGUUAUGACUUUUUACAACGAUUUUCUAAGGAUCAAUCAAUCCUUUUUAUAAAACACUAUAAGAACCUAAUAAAGGCUGCAGUCAUCGAAACCUGAAUGUCCAUGAGUUUAUAAACCCAUAUAUAUAUAUAUAUAUAUAUAUCUCAGCUAUAUCUCUUUACAAAUCGUCUACAGUUUUUGGCGCUGCGUUCAAGGUAAGGUAGUGUCAACAACAAAACAUCACAAACCCGCUCUCGAUACUCUGUUAUAUUUAUAUUAAAUUUUUUUUCAGCCUACGUGUUACAAAUGAUAAUUUAUCAUCAUCAUACAUAAUCAUAGUUUAUUUAUGAUAAUAUUUGAACAUUAUUAUUGAUUUGGAAUGAUUUUGCUUUUUUGUAUCAAUAAAUUAAAUUAAUCUCUGUUUAACUUUAUUUAACGUUUACUUUUAUUUUAAAUGUGUCUUCCUGUUCAUGAGAUGAUGGGGAGCAGGAACUGUUUGCGCUCCAUAAAACCCCGCUGUUUGAACCUGGGGCGAGUGACCCAUUCUCAAGGUUCUGGUGGUUUGUGUUUAGGGAACCUUUCCUCUUUUUUUCUAUAGUUCCAUUGUUGUUAAUUUGGCCCUAAAAGGUAUUAGAGGAUUUAUUGAAUAUGGAGAUCUCUACAAUACCAAGACCAGAGUGACAGUAAACGUAUGUAACAAUGUUGGAAGUGUUUGCAAAAUCCAUUUACUCCAAAAAGCUGUAAUUUAAAAAAUAUCAAAUUUAGAGCGUAUACGCUUCAAUAAUAUUGUUUUAAUCAAACACGUUUUCAAGAAAUGUACUUUGUUUUACUUAUGCACACUUAGCAACCCGCGAUAAAAAAACAUCCCUUUUCGAUCAGUAUGUAACAAGUGACCUCCACUGACCUUUGAGUGACCACUGCGGAUCAAAUACCACUCAUCAAAUUAGAUCAAUUUCUUGAUCUCCAAAUGAGAAACUUUGAACACUUACCCACCCCCGAUGACAGUACAACCCUCCAUGACUAGUGGGUCGCUAGUGACCUAAACUGAUAAUUGAGUGACAUCUGUGGGUAUCCAAGGAACGGAAAGUGAUAGGGACAACACGUUACAUCGUUUCAUAAUGCAUUUUUACACGGUCUGCAUAACAAAUAAUAACGACAACAUAGUUUGUAGACACAAAAAUGCCACGAUAGAAGCCUAGAUUUUUCACACUUUUAUUGUAGAUGCUUCCUAAAUCACCUAAAAAUAUGACCCGAUGUUUCCGAUACAAUAAUGGUAGGCAUUUUGCGAUAUAUCUGACAUUCCUAUCUUUACAUAUAUAACUGACACAGGUUUUGAUGUUUUGUAUAGUCCUAAAAACAACAAAAAAAAACCCACUAAUAUUCAUCGCCCAUUCAAUUUAUAUUUAUGAAUGUGUAAAUAAGAUUUCCUUAUAUUGAAAACAAAAAAUUCAAUGUAAUGAUGUUUAUGGUUCUAAAAUCAUUUAGUUUUGAUAAAUAUUUAUAAAAUAUGUAAUAUAUGCUUCCCUACCUCUUUCGGGCCCCUGACUCAUUUCAUUUUUCUAAAUAUGUGUAAAAAAAUAUCCUUACAUUUACAAAAAAAAAUCGAUAUACCAUUUUAAAAAUAUUUUAAAUUAACUGCAUUAUAUAUACUGGUAUCUUCAAAAGUAACCAAAAUUUAUCUUGAAUUUAUACUAUAUUGUCAUAAUUUUAAAAAAAAAUAAUUAAAGUCUUUUAUUUAAGGAAAAUCUGUUAAAUAUUGAGAUUUUCACUUCAAAAAAGAAUAAUAAAAAAUAAUUCUUUCUAAUGUAUACCGACUUAAGUUCAUUUAAAAGUAUACAUUUAAAUGAUUCUUUGAUAUUAAUACUUUUCGAAAACUGGAUAUAAAAAAUAUUUUAAUAUUUUAAGGAAACCCAACUUUAUUUACUGCAACAAAAUGGAAAAGGAAAAGUAAUAUGGCUCUAGUUCUAAUAUUAAGUUUAACUCCUUUGUCGCAAGCUGUUUUAAAAUCAUUGAAUUUAACGCUAUUGGCUCGCGACAUUAAAUUUAGUUCUUGUGAGAUUAUUAUAAUUGUAUUUCUUUAAGCUCAAUCAAAAAUUUUAAUUUGAUGUUUGAAAACAUUUGAAUAACAAAAAAUUUAUUUUAAUUUCACAAUAUUAACAACAGUAUCAACCAAAAAUAGAUUUUUAGGUUUUUCUAAUAAAUGUAAAUAUAAAUUAAUAACAGUAAUACAUCUAUGAACAUUUCUUAAUGAUUUAGUAGCCUAACUCCUACAUUUACUCAAAAUAGCUUUUGAUUUGUGUAAUUCUUCUGGAACUAUGUGUAACUGACAUGUAAACGGUCAGAUAUUUACUAAUUAUUAAUUAAAUGAAUUGUUAUGAAAGCAUGGGGCAAUUCAGAGCAGCCUUUCAUUUCAUCGCCAGAAACUUUAAUUCAAUUUAAUGGUUUACAAUUCGCAAUAUAAAUAUAUGUCCAAACUGGAACAAAAUAACUGUCAUGAACUUAUUUAAUAAUAAUAAUAACUAGAUAUAGCCCACCAAACUUGGAGAAAGCAAUGUUGAGAACUAACCAUCUAGUAAUUUACUUGACAAAACUUGAACUCAGGUAACGAACAUUUAAGAAUCCCAAUAUUUACAACACCCUUUACCCCAUGACACGUCACUGCACAAUUUUUAUUUCACGCCCAUGAAUUAUAUAAAUAUUCUCAUGGCCCAACCAGUUUUAAACCGAAUAUAUUUUACACAAUACUUAAAUUGAGACGAUUUCAUUUCCGAAAAUAAAAUAUUACGCACCAAACGCAAUUGCGUUAUUUAAAAAAAAAAUAUUUAGAUCAUUUAGCUUAGUUAUGGGGAAUUAUAUUUUGCGCGCUAGUGAACUCAUUAUUGAACUACACUCUGGCGUAUUUCUUCUUCUUCUAUAUCUUAAGGGCCCACGAUCAAUUUAUUGAUCAUUUUGGCUCCUAUGCAUGUAGAUGGGAUUUGCAAUGUUUCUGUUACUGGUGGUGAUGAGGAAAUUAUGCACUAGGGGAUAUUUCUUCUUCUUCUAUAUCUUAAGGGCCCACGAUCAAUUUAUUGAUCAUUUUGGCUCCUAUGCAUGUAGAUGGGAUUUGCAAUGUUUCUGUUACUGGUGGUGAUGAGGAAAUUAUGCACUAGGGGUUUGAAGGCUUGAGGCAAUAGACACAAAUGUGUCUAGUGUUGUCGCCUCAACUGUUCCUUUUGAAAGAUGAUUUAUAUAUAGUCUGCGUGGUGGUGGUAGUGUUUGACCUUUGCUGGUGAUUUAAUAUUAUUUUUAUGUAUAAAUUUAUUUGAUUUCCGUAAAAUAAAAGAAAACCGCUGUCAUACAUUUUAAGAUCCGAAGGUAUUUAAAUUUAUUUAUUUUUAAAUCCUUAUAUCGUUAUUCCCGCUUUUUCUUAUUUAGCCUAUAUGGUUCAUUAUUCCAAUUUGUGUUUUACAUGUUUUUUAAGAAGAGUAUAAAAUAAAUCAUUAUAAAAAAUAACUUUAAAAAAACACACAUUUUAUUUUUUAAAUUUAAAAGUUAACAUUAUUAAUGUUCCCCCAAAUUAUAGUUAUUACAAUCAUAACAAGAAAAAUGCGUUGCGCGCACUUGAACUUAAUGCUAUUUGCAAACCGAAAAGGAAUUUACACAAUUGGAUCGCUAAUUUCAUUCUACUUGUGUCUGAAUUACUACUUCCUAAAAAUAAAUUUCAUAGAUAAUUAUAUCAUAAGGGUUUAAAUAUUUAUACUUUAUGUUGAAUUAUAUUGUAAGAUUUAUAACACACAAAAAAAACACUGGAACAAAUAGAAGGGUUUAUGCAUUUAAGAGGUAGGUAGGAACGAAAUGUGAUUUUUUUAUUGCAGUGUUAAGAGUGGUUCAAAUCUUCUUUAUUAUUAUAAAACUCUUCCUAAAAAAUUCCUUCUUUACAUAUCAAUGAGUUGUUUUUAUAGGUUUGUAUGCCAAGAAUAAAGCAUGGUUGGAGGUUCUAAGAUAGGUCCAAUAAACGUUAUAUACAGAAUCGGGUCAACAGAAACUUAUGUAACAUUAUGUGGGCUUUAAACGAAUGAAAUAAAUUAGUCAUCAGCAACUCAUCAAUCUCAAUAAGAAUAACUUUGAAAUCGUAGACCAAACAGCUUAAAAUUGGUGACAAUAAAAAUUAAUCAAUUUCAGAUCGAAAUGUAGCCUUGAUGCAGUCCACAAAUCAAACAUCACAGUAUGAGUACGCUAACUUAUCCUCAAGUAAUGCUGUAGACGGUAGCUCAAGCUGGGAAAAAAACUCUUGCAUCCAUACUAAUAACGGUGGUGAGGAUGCUCCGACAUGGUCUCUACAUUUUAAUACAGUGGUGUCAGUGACACGUUAUAAAAUAUUCAACAGAGUUGGAGGUAUGUAGAUUAUUUAAUUUCAAAUAUCAAAUGUUUUUUAAAUGUAUUACGUUUCUUAGUGACCAAGAAAAACACAUUUCUGUUUCACUUAACAAUAACAAUAUUUAUGAAUUAAUUAUUGGUAAAACAUUAUUAUUUCCAAAUAUUUAAAUAUUUAAAAUUAAAAUUAAAAAGAACAACUUGUCAUUAUGUGACAACAGCCCCAAGAAAGUUGAGACACGUGAAUCUCAUUCGUGUUGACUGGGUGUUAAGUUUGUUAGUGCACUGAAUUAUAAAAAAUAAUUUAAUUAAUUAAAAAAUCUUAAUUUGGUAAAUUCAUUUCUUAAGUUCUUCUUACCCUUUUAUCACAUAUUGGUUUACAUUUUUUUUUAAAUAGUUUGAAGCACAUCUCCUAAUAUUAGUGUGGUGUAUUUGUUUUUAAGAAGGGAAAAACAUUAUCAGUUUUGUAACACAAUUUAUUAACUUAAUAAAAUUAAAAUCUUGUGAUUUUAAGGUUUAUAUUAAGUUUUAAAAUAUUAUUAUAAAUUUUCUUUCUUUGAGUUAAACAGAUUUGAAUUUUAAAUUCUUUCAAAUGUCUGUAACAAUUUUUUGGGUUUACCCCAUAAAUGUGAUUUUAAAUUAAUAAUAAAAUUAAUACAUUUACCAUAUUUUUAAUAAUAAAAAUAAUAUCUUAACUUUCAAAUUUGGAUUAAUAAUUAGAGUAGUUCUUUAAAUUUAUUUGAAAUUUGUUUCUAAUUGAUCAAAAUAAAUACUUAAAUAUACACAUAUAUAUGUUUUUAAAAUUAUAUUUAAUUGAUUCAAUUUCAGUAAAAGAACAGAAUCAGAAUGUAUUUAUACUGUUAUACUUUUUAGCAAUAUAUGGAUACCUUAGGACAUCUUUAUAUAGUUAUAAUUGUGUUAUUUUUCAUCAAAGAAGUAAAAGAUAAUGAUACAAGUUGUUGUCUUGACCGCCUGAAAGGAUUCAUUCUUAGAACAUUUGACCAAACAAAUAACAUUGUCGAAGACUACACUGAUACUGAGACAUCAGC